CGGAAGUACUAGCAACGGCCAUGCCAUAACACGGAGAUACAUGAGCAGUUAAACGAGAAAAAGGAGCAGGAGAAAUGUCCAUUUUUCCAAGAAUUUCUCUGAAGCCUGAAGUGACCGAUUAUCUUAAGAGCGUCUUCUUGAACAAGGAGGUGUUAGCUGCAGUGGGUCAUCAGGAGGCAGAAAGCCGUUUCCACAAGCUGCUCUCAUGUCUGUCACACCCCCCUUCAUACACAUGUGUUCGGGCCAGCACUCAUCUCGCCUCCCUGGAGGAGAUCAGACACAAGUUAGGAGAAGAGCUGAAAAAGCAGCAGAUGUGCAGCUCAUCAGCAGAGGAGGUCUCCCUUCAGAUUCUUCCUCACCCGCGAAUUCCAGAUGUGCUGCUCCUUCCUGUUGAUGGCCCGAGAUGUGUGAAGCAGCUCAGCUCAGAGGUGGCGGUCGGUGCUCAGUGUGGCAGCGCUGUGCUGAGAGGUGCUCAUGUCUUCGCCCCGGGGAUCGUCGCCAGCCCCAAGUCCAUGAAGGCUGGAGAUCGAGUCUCUGUCUUCUCUGACUUGGAGGGAAAGUGCACUCGAGGAGCCACGAGCUUCCAGGGGAAGAAAGUGUUUGUGGGAAAUGGAGUUGCUGAAAUGGACCGCUCCAGCAUCUUUUGCACGGAUGAGCCUGCCAAAGGUAUUGGUGUUCGGAUGAUAGAGCCGCUUUACCAGAGUCCUUCCUUUGAUGGUGUUCUUCCUGAACUGGUGUUCCUACAGAACCUCCCCUCUGUGGUUGUGGGGCAUGUGCUCGGGCCUUGUCCUGGAGAACGUAUCCUGGAUAUGUGUGCCGCACCUGGUGGGAAGACCUGCCACAUCGCUGCAGUGAUGGGGGAUCAGGGUGAAGUUGUGGCCUUGGACAAGAUCCGGAGUAAGAUCGAUCGAAUUCGUCAAAAUGCGCAAAUGUUGCAUUUGCGUAGCAUCAAAGCGUAUUGCUUUAACAGCACUCAGGCUGUGAGCAGUGAUGCAGCACACGUAGCUGAAGGACCUCCCUUCCCUCCUGAGAGUUUUGACCGGGUUCUGUUGGAUGCCCCCUGUAGUGGCCUCGGACAGAGACCUAACAUGGCCAGCACCUGGAGCCUCAAGGAGAUUUGCUCCUAUCAGCCUCUGCAGCGCAAGUUAUUUCAUGCUGCGGUGCGGUUGUUAAAGAAAGGCGGGGUUUUGGUGUACAGCACCUGCACAGUGACUCUGGCAGAGAAUGAGGAGCAGGUAGCCUGGGCCCUCGAUACCUUUCCCUGCCUCACGCUUCAGCCGCAGGAGCCUCACAUUGGCGCAGAAGGCAUGCUGGGAGCUGGCCUGUCACCUAAGCAGCUGCGCCUCCUCCAGAGGUUCAGCCCUGAGCUGAUCUGGGACCAGACAGAAUCGACAGCUCCCCUCCCCUGCAGAGCCGACGGGGACACUAUCGGCUUUUUUAUUGCCAAGUUCCUGAAAACCUGACCGGAGGGCAUGUUUUCUCUUACAGCCCUCACACGAGACUGCAGACGGGAACAAUAGUGUUUAUAUUACGACACUCUGUGUGCUUUGACGGGCCAGUGUUGACAGAGACGCUCACUGUGCUGUUUACAGCAUCUGCCUCUUAACAGCUGCUCUCUAAAACUGCGGGCCAUAUAGGGAUAAGCUUUAUAAACACCGAGGGCAGGAGAGAGAGAGAGAGAGAGAGGGGAAGAGAUGGAGAGGGAGGGUGGGGGCACGUGGGGAUGGAGACUGAAUGAGUAUCGGCAAAUGCAGCAGUGCCAGCGUUACCAUGACAACAGUGACGACACAGCUGCCAUGGUGACAGCUGAUUCGCUGGAUGUGGGAGCGUGGAUCAGGAAGUAGCGUGCAGAAAGAGGUCAUGAGAGGUAUUAACAAUUUAGUGUCUUUUAGCAGUGGUGGAGACAAGUAGGGGCUCUAAUUAGUACAUCUGCUGCUCGUCAGAGAGAAAUGAUGCUGAUGUCUGACCCUGUCUGUCUGAAUCAGUGCUGUCACAACAGGGAUUUUUAACAUGAAUUGUUUUCACUAUAAAAAUACAUUUCAAAUGA